UCACACUCAACGUCUUCAAUCCUCAGGGAGGAGACCAGGAUAGCCUGGUGACCCUCGAGGUUUUCUCCGACAUGACCGUCUCUACCCUGCGCGAAUCUGUCCAGGCCGAGGCUGGCAUUCCUCCGGCAGCGCAGCACAUCUAUCACAACGGCCGACUCAUCUCGGAGGAUACCAAGACCAUGGAGCAGCUGCAGAUCGGCGACGGUGACAUGCUGGCCGUCCAUGUCCGGGAUAUGAGAGGCAGCACCGGCCCACCGGAGCCAUCAGGGCAAGCUCGAACUGCGGCUCGCCAGCAGCAAAGCGCCGCUUCCGCCGCAGCUGGAGCUGGAAAUGACACCGAGAUGCUUCGUCUUCAGAUUCUGGGUGACCCCGCCGUCAGACAGCAGCUGUCCAGGCAGCAUCCGGAGCUCGCCGCAGCCGUCGAAGACCCCGCGCAGUUUCGAAGAAUAUUCCUUGACAGCCAGGACCGAGAGCGCAGAGAGCGAGAGAUGCGUCAGCGGGAGAUUGAAAGGCUGAACGAAGACCCCUUCAACGUGGAAAACCAGACGAGGAUCGAGGAGAUGAUCCGCCAGGAGAGGGUCAUGGAGAACCUGCAAAAUGCCAUGGAGCACAACCCCGAAGUCUUUGGUCGCGUUCACCUGCUUUACGCCAAUGUGGAGGUCAACGGCCACAAGGUUAAGGCGCUUGUCGACUCAGGCGCGCAGGCUACCAUCAUGUCGCCAUCGUGCGCCGAGGCCUGCGGAAUCAUGCGCCUGGUAGAUAAGCGGUUUGCUGGUGUAGCCAGGGGUGUUGGAACGGCUACUAUUAUUGGCC